GGGCACAACGCGAUCAGGCUUUAGCAUUCAGUUCUGACCCAACCGUCGACCCGGACGCGUUCCAUUGGAGCAGGAAAAUAAUUUCCCUUUGUGCUUUGUAGUCCUAUACUACGGGAAGUAUAUGGCAGAUUGGUUCAACGCCCUAUAUUCGCGUACGUUGCAGCGGUCUUUGUACAUACAGGAGGCGUUUCGUUAAAGGUUUCUCCAACUCAUUGGAGCAAAAAAAAACAUUAAAUUAUAUAUCAAUUUAAAUGAUAAAAAGAAUUUUAAAAUAAUAACAAAAACUAUAAAUAAAUGUAAAAAGUACAAAAAUCUGGAGUUCAUCGAAACAGCGAAUAGACGCAUCUCCUGGACUGCACAAAGUACUUACAGCAAGUAAGAUUUCGUAUUGAUCCGAAUCGAUUCCGAAUGCAAAGUGAGCAAAGAUGAUCAGAGGUCUAGACUUAAUUCAUUCGAAAAAUAAAACCCAGCAAAUAUUGUAGCAAAACAAGAGAUACCAUCCUGUGUGUACCAAGUAUUUGAGAUUCUAUAGAGUAGAAUGCUACUGAUAUUGAGCGCUGUUUGUGUCACUCUGCUUAAUACAGCGACUCUUGUUGCUACAGAGAACGAGACUAUUCCAGACUGUGACUACUUCGACACGGUGAACGUGACGGGGAGCCAGCGGCUGGUCAAUGGUUCGUAUCUGUACCAGGGUGUGGUCAUUCCGGCCGAGCUUACGGCUGAAUUUGACUACAGGGUACUGCCGGACGACAGCACGGAGCCGGUGGAGAGACAUCUGCGGGGCUGCGUCUGCCAGCUGCGUCCGUGUCUCCGGCUGUGCUGCCACCACUCUCAGUUAAUGGCCAAUGGGCAGUGCAGUGGCAGCGUCGAGGUGGAUCUGACCCGACUGAACCCCUACUUGAGCGUGACCCUGGACGAUGGCACGGUGGCAAGACGACACUUCCAGGAGGAGUUCAUCAUUCAGAGCGAUCUGCCGAUCCCCUGCAAUGAUAUGUACCCGCUCAACGAUCAAGAGGAGCAGGAUCAGUACAUAGUCUUUGAGAAUGGGUCUUUCUUUCGACCAUACGACAGUGCAACGAUGAGCAAGCGGGAAUACUGCCUUCAGGCGUAUGACUUCAGAGAGGGCGAGACGGAGUCAUUCCGGAUUGUUGCCCACAACUGCUCGAUUAAGUCGAAUAGCAAGACGGGGAAAACAGUUGUGAUCAUUCUUACCCUCGUGUGUCUCGCCUGCACGAUCACCGUCUAUCUCAAACUGAAAAAGCUGCGGAAUCUCCAUGGAAAGUGCUUCGUUUGCUGUCUGAGCUGUCUAUUCAUGGGGUACCUUUUCUUAUUGAUGGACCUCUGGGAGCUGACAAAUGCCAUUUGCAAGCCAUCAGGCUACAUUGGCUACUAUUUCGUGAUGGCCAACUUCCUGUGGCUGAGUGUCAUCAGCUGGAAUCUCCAUUCCACGUUCAGCUGUAGUGUGAGCCGCGUGAAUCGGUACCGGCCGAAGUACGUGUUCCUUGUGUACAACGUCUAUGCCUGGGGAAUGGCAUCCGUCCUCACUGCCGUCAUUUAUAUGGUGGAUCACCUGGUGGAGGAUAUUCCUGAGAAUGAGCCCUGGAUGCCUGGUGUUGGCUUCUACAACUGUUGGAUAAAGACUCAAGACUGGUCGGCCAUGUUAUACUUCUUUGGACCGAUGUUGAUUGUGAUCAUUUUCAAUGUGACCAUGUUCAUUCUCACGGCCAUCCGUAUUGUUGCGGUGAAACGCGAACUGCAGAGCAUUGUCGAUCGCCAGGAGAGAAAGCAGAAACUUAACUCCGACAAACAGACAUAUAGCUUCUUUCUGCGACUGUUUGUCAUCAUGGGCCUGAACUGGAGCCUGGAGAUACUCUCAUACUUGGUGCAGGACGACGACAUAUGGAAGAAUGUCUUUCUGGUCGCCGACUACUUAAACUGGUCGACGGGCAUCAUCAUCUUUUUCCUGUUCGUGAUGAAGCGCAGUGUCUUGAGGUUAUUCAGAGAAAGGAAUCUUUCAAGGAGCACACGGAGUGUCGUAAGCAUGAAAUUCCAGGCAAGUCGCCAUUUAAAUGGAAGAUCAACAGCUAAACAACCGCGAGAUAACUCAUCCUCGCAGGCCUCUACACAAAUUUAAGAAUCAGACCCACCCCUUCGGAACGUUUACUUAAGGGUAAUAAUCGACUAUUAACUACUUACUAAUAAUCGUUGAGAUAGGAUUUUUAUCAAAAAUAACAAUCGCAUAAGUGAAGUUCCCUCUUCAAAUAGUAUUUUUAUAAGAACUACUCCAAAAAGUGCGAGUAGUAAGUAACCAUAUUUUAACAAUACUCAUAAGCCUCAUAAAUCUCAUUAACUAUUUAUAAACCCUUUUUUUUAUAAAAAUAAAAAAUCCAGAAGACAUGAGAUGGAAA